AUGAAGCGAAUCCUUUUUUUGACUACCGUGCCACCACACAUAAUCCAGAAAUAUGUUUCUGACGACGAUUGGUCGAAUGAUAUGUUACCAGCUCAUCUCUCGAAAAGGGGUGCCUCAGUAACCAUCAAACGCUGGACAGACGAGGACAUCAUCACCACCAUCCUGGAUAGUGACCUAGUGACUUUCCUCUGGGCCGAAGAUUACAUUCAACAUCCUGUUGCCUUUCGAGAAUUUCUGGAAACAGCCAAAAAAGCAAUAGAAAUAGAUCGAAAUGGGGCAAAUCCUCCCUGCGUAAUGAACCAUAUCGACCUAGUCAAAUGGAACAUGGACAAGAGUUAUCUCCUUGAUAUGCAACGAGCUGGGUUCGACAUACCCACGACCGAGAUCCUCGAUGCAGAGCAAUUUUCGUCCCCAUCCGCGCUGCACCAACGACUGCAGAUGUUUCAAUUAUCCGGCUCUGUUGUGCUCAAACCGUCUAUAUCUGCGUCCUCCAACAAUACCCGACUCAUUUCAGAUAUUUCAGCACUAUCGAAUGACGAUACCGCAUAUCUAGAUUCAUGCACGAAGGGUGAUCUACAAAGCUCGUUAGUCAUACAGCGAUUCGAGCCAGCCAUCGCCACAGGCGAAUAUUCCUUUGUUUUCGUUGGGGAUCGGCUUUCUCACGUUGUGUUGAAAUCCCCUAAAAGUGGUGAAUUCCGCUGUCAGCCUCAAUUCGGUGGCCUGCUUUGUCCCCAGCCUAUCAAUACAAUUGAGGAGAGAACAUUGUCAAUGGUGAAUACUAUCUUCGACACCCUCAGAAUGUGGUUCGGGAAGGGAUCAACGGGUAAGAUGGGAUACCUACGGAUCGAUGGUUUGGUGACCGACGAAACCGCCUUCAUCUUGAUGGAAAUCGAGGCCAUUGAGCCUUGCCUUUAUCUCGAACUGGAGGGCCUUCAAGAGAUGCUUUCUCUCUUGUUGAAAUAG